UAAACCGACCUGCCCGAACGAAAUUUUAAAACUGCUCGAAAGUCACUGCGUGCGUUUUCCGUCACGAAAGCAAAUGUCAAAAUAAAAUGUUAUUUGGGAAUGGUGAUAGAGAAGAGAAAAAACAACUCGGCGCUUGGAAAAAAACAUAUACAGACCGCAUUUGUAUCCUAGUGAAUUUUUAUUGUAUCCUAUUGUUAUUUUGAUAUUGGCCGGUUUAACAACGUAUUAGCGCUGGUGUGAUUAAGCGCAGCUUGAAAUAAUGACGUCUGCAUUGUAUUUGGAACAUUAUUUAGAUGGCUUAGAACAUCUACCAAACGAGUUGAAACGAAACUUUACCCUGAUGCGCGAUCUUGACUCACGGGCACAAAUGUUGAUGAAAUCUAUCGACGAAAAGGCAGACGAGUACUUAAAAUCGCUGGUAAACUCAAAGGAAAACAUUUCCGAUGACGUAAAGAAGGAAAAGCUACAAGCCAUCCAGGAAUUGUUUAACAAGGCAAAGGAGUACGGUGAUGACAAGGUGCAACUGGCAAUACAAACCUACGAACUGGUGGACAAACACAUACGUCGUCUGGAUUCUGAUUUGGCCAGAUUUGAGGGUGAAAUACAAGACAAAACAGUGAAUGCGCGUGAAAAGUCAGAGGAAAAUGUUACCAAAAAGGGGCGCAAAAAAGUGAAGGAUAGUAAGAGCACAGUGAAAAAGAAGCGAACACAUUCCUCCGAAGAUGAAACAAAGCCAGCGGGCAACGGAGGGGUGGCCAAUAGUGGUGCAACCAGCGGUGCCGCCAACUCGAACGGAAAGGGCAAAAACACGAAGAAGCAGAAGGUAAAUCAAGAAAAAGAAGGUCGCAAAGGGCAAAAUAAGAAGGGUGUCGAAAAUGAUGACGCUACCCAGGACGGUGGCCAUGCGAACCCACAUCCCAGCGAUGUACUCGACAUGCCAGUCGAUCCGAAUGAACCCACCUACUGUCUGUGCCACCAGGUAUCAUAUGGAGAAAUGAUUGGUUGCGAUAACCCGGACUGUCCUAUCGAAUGGUUCCAUUUUGCGUGCGUCGGAUUGACGACAAAACCAAAGGGCAAGUGGUUUUGUCCGAAAUGCUCACAGGAUCGAAAAAAGAAAUAAAAUUAUCAUCACGCACCACGGUCAACAGUGCGGAAACAGGUUUCGAACUACUCCGCAGUGCUACUGUAUUACUUUGCGGUUCACUAUUUUAAUUCACACCUUCAUUUUUCCAUUGUUCUUACUAGCUUUUACUUAAAUGUACAUAAACAUUAAUUUAACGCAAAGUUUGUCUCUAGGGUAAGCAAAGUGUAUUAUGGGCAAAUAGAUUGUAGAAAAGAAUAUUUUUCACGGACGAAAAUUGUUGAGCAAAAAGAUUUGAAAACCUAGAGUGAUUUUUAUAUGAAAAACAAAAUAUUGAUAACAAUAAAUGCCCUCAUAUAUCAAAA